UUAAGCAGCAAGGAUGUUGUAUUAGAGGCGUUACGUGCUGCUGGGAACGCGGUUGAAGGCGAUGUAGGUGGCUCCUCUGAAAGCCUCUGGGAACUAGUGUCUGGUGACAACUUAGCUAGCUCUUACUUUUUGAAGUCCCUCUCUAUUUCAUUGGGGGUGGAGAUUCCCUCGAGAGUGCUUCGAUGUAAAAAAUUUGAGGAGGUUGUGGGGUUGCUUAAUAAGGUCACAGCAGGUGCUGGGGUAGAUUCUCAAAGUAAGCUUCCAGUGCGCACAUUCGGUAUCAAGCAGAGGACCCCUCGUGUGGCUAUUGUAAGUGUCUCUUGCCGACUUCCAGGAGGCGUUAGGACACUUGGAGACUUGUGGGCUGACGUUCUCAUCCUGGGACGGGAUGUGAUAACCCCUAUACCAAUUUCCCGUUGGGAUGCAGACGUGCUCUACGACCCAGAAGGAAGUAAAGGGACGGUGUACGUUAAAGAGGGAGGAUUCCUGGAAGAUGCAGAUGCAUUCGAUAACAAUUUUUUUGAUAUCUCCGACCAUGAGGCUACACAGAUGGACCCACAGCAGCGCUUGCUGCUGGAGGCCGCUUUCGAAGCGAGAGUUCCCUUGACAAAGGGCCGGCUAAAUCCUCCAGAUGAGACUGGAGUUUUCAUAGGAUCCUCUUGCGUUGAUUGGUUCCUCGUCCAUGCAAAGCUGCCUUCGCGGGAUGGCCCAUCGUGUUUCGUUGCUGACCUCCAGCAUGCAAUGCUUGCGAAUCGUAUUUCAUACUGCAUGAACCUUGAGGGGGCUUCAAUGACAAUCGACACCGCAACUUCAUCAGGUAUCGUUGCAUUCUGCACAGCUGUGAGCCAUAUAGAAUCCAAUCGGAUGCUAUGUGCUCUUGCUGGGUCGUCUCAACUCAUCAUUGCUCCAGAGGUUACAGUGGCUCUGUGUAACCUGGGAAUGCUCUCACGAACUGGGCGUUGUCGUCCGUUUGAUGAGGCUUCGGAUGGUUUUAUCAGGUCAGAAGGAGUCAUAGUUUUUUCGCUCGUUCGAGAAGAUUACGUUUCUGAAUUUGUGGAUACGUCAGCAGUGCAGCCUCUUGCAUUUGUUCGGGGGCAUGCUGUGGUACACAGUGGAAGGGCUUUUUCAACAACAGCUCCAAGUGAAAGCGCCGAACGGCGUGUUAUGGAGGGUGCACUCGCCAAGGCGAAAAUGACCCCUGAUGAAGUAGACUAUAUUGAAGCCCAUGGUACUGGGACACGGAUGGGGGACGCAGUGGAAAUGCAAAGCCUGGCUGCCGUCUUUGGGGAAUCUCACGAAUACGCAAGGCCGCUUCUUGUGGGUUCAAUAAAGGGCAACAUUGGUCACUGCGAGGGUUCAUCGGGCGGUGCAGGGAUCUGCAAGGCCAUUCUCGUGCUUAUAAAUCGGUGUGUGCCUGCAACGGUGCAUUUCAAUCGCCUCAGCAGUCUAAUAGAUAGGACGCCUCGCUACUUUUUUAUCCCUCGAGCUGCAACACAAGUACCUAUUGCUGACAGGUCACUGGUGGUAGGGGUAAGCUCAUUUGGCGUUGGCGGCUGUAACGGCCAUGUAAUCUUGGAGGGCCCGAAAACAAAUAGCCACGAUUUCAAAACCCAGCUAAAUGACAAGUGUGCGUGGAAAAGAAAUAGAUUUCCUUGGUCUCACCUCAUUGACAUACCAGGACAUAAUAAUGAAGUGGGCUCACCAAUCGAAAUGGGUAUCCCUGCCAGUGCUCGUGCAAGCUCGAGUUUUUCCUUCGAGGACACUGCGCUCAGUAUUGUGGACUCCUUUCUAGAUGAAAGCAUUGACGAGAGCGUCCCUGUGCCCUCUAUGGACACAAGAAUUCUCAGGAAUGGUAGCCAGACAAAGAUGACGGGAAGUCGUAGCGGCUCCCUUCAGGACCUUUCAUUAACCACAGGGAACUGCGUAAAGGGAGUCCCUGUAGAAGAACCAGCAAAACAUAUUGCAGCUUCAUUUCAUUCUGAAGACGCAGGUUCAACCCAUUUGGGCGGUUCUAGCCCGCACGGAUACACUAAUACAGUUCCUUCGGCAGUUCAAUGUGGCCGAUCGGAAGCGUUAUCGACAUCUAUGCCAAGUAUAUCUCGCCAAAAAAUAAGGGCUGCAGUUGACGAAUCGCUCAGACUUGCCCUAAACCGCAAUGAAGCUAUAGAGGAAACGACCCCGUUUGUAGAGGCGGGAGUAGAUUCGAUGACAUCCAUUGGGAUUAGAGAAAGUCUUUCAAAGAAGCUUGAGAUCCAACUUCCUGCAACCUUGUUGUACGACCAUCCCUGCAUUGCUGAACUCGUGCCACGAUUGGAGCAGCUGCUGUGUGAAGAUCGAGGAGUGAGCACAAAUCAAGCAAUACAUCCAGGGCUUUGGCACGCUACUGACGAAAAGGACGUUGCCGUUACUGCACUCUCCUGUAGGCUUCCACCGGGGUCUUACUGCGAAUCGGAGUUUUGGGAGGGCUUAAAGGCUGGCCAGGACUGUAUCCAACACAUUCCACUUUCGCGAUUCGAUCCGUGGAAAUAUCGAACCUCAGGUGCAAGCCCGUCCGAGAAGUUGUAUGUCAGUGACGCGGGAACAUUUCCAGAUAUGUGUUUAUUUGACAACGCGCUAUUCAACAUUUCCCCUGCUGAAGCCCAGUUGAUGGAUCCCCAUCAGCGUAUUUUGUUGGAAGUUUGCCACGAAACAAUCGCGCCUGCACUUGAUGAUCGAAGCCUAGUGGAUUUGGCCAUUAUCGUAGGCUGCUGCAACAAUGAUUGGGUCAGAGAAACAUGCACCUCAGCACAAGAGGCGAAGAGCUUAAGCGGGACAGGUAGUGCAGCAUCCAUCGUUUCUAAUAGGCUGUCGUACGUUUUCAACCUUCAUGGACCAAGUAUGACCAUUGAUACUGCUUGUUCCUCGUCUCUUGUGGCUCUUGAUGUUGCAAAGCAUCUCCUCUCUACCGGCCGCUGCACAGCUGCUCUAGCAGGAGGAGUUCAUGUCUUGAUUAACCAUUAUGUCUUUGAGCAGUACUGCAAAGCUCAUAUGCUAAGCAUCGACGGAAGGUGCAAGACCUUCGACGCAUCAGCAAAUGGCUACGUUCGCAGUGAAGGAUGCGGCGCAGUGCUCUUGCAGGCACUGCCACGCGAAUCCACGAACCCCAACUCUGUCUAUGCGUGGAUAAGAGGGGCCGCAAACAACCAUGUAGGCAGGAGUGCCAGCCUCACUGCUCCCAACGGACCGGCGCAGCAAGCCGUGAUUCGAGCAGCAUUGCGUGAUGCCCGGAUACAAUCACCUGCAGACAUCUCUGUCUUAGAAGCUCACGGCACUGGGACAUCGCUCGGAGAUCCUAUUGAAGUGGGGGCCGUUCGAGCAGUCUACUGCAAUGGCUUCGCAGACAGGCCCCCACUGAUCAUUGGUGCCUUGAAAUCCCUCAUGGGUCAUGCUGAAGGAGCCGCAGGCAUUGCUGGUCUUAUCAAACUAAUUCUUGUUCUUCAACACAGGACGGCGACUCCCAAUCUCCAUCUUAUCACGCCCAAUCCACAUAUUGAUUUGUCUAGAGGUGACAAGUACAGAGACCUCCUAUUCCCUAGCAAAUGCAUUCCUCUCGACACCCUCCUAGGCAUUCAAGAGUCCCAGCCGUUGCUGGGUGCAGUGAGUUCAUUUGGCUUUGGAGGCUCCAAUGCACAUGCAAUCGUGGAGGUGGAGCCUACAUUCAAGGCAACGUGGACAGAUGGUGAGGAACAGCUUGUUGCCGGUUCCAGCGAUGGUCGCGCUACCGUAGUCUGGCUAUUCACUGGACAGGGUUCGCAGUAUCUAGAUAUGGCAAGCGCGUAUUUCCAUCACAGCGCACUGUUCAGGGAUACCAUAUCUGCAUGUACCGCUCAAUUGAAGGAGAUGAAUUGGUUCCCAGCAGAUGGACCACAGAGCAUCGAAGACUUGGUCUACGGUGCCGAGUCACUAGCGGUCAGGGAGAAAGCGGAGGAGAUCUUGAGUCAGACACAGUAUUCACAAGUUGCUAUCUUUGCCAUAGAGUUGGGUUUGAGUAAGGUUUUGUUGGAGCAGGGACUGAAACCAGAUAUAGUAAUUGGUCACAGUUUGGGUGAGUACGCGGCAGCCACUGUUGCAGGUGUGAUGGAAUGGAAAGACGCUUUGUGUCUAGUUGCGAAGCGUGCUGCACUGCUGGCUGCACAGCCCAACGAAAACGGAGUUAUGGUGGCAUGUCGUCUAUCCGCCGCUGCAGUCCAAGCAGCCCUCACCACAGAGCUACAGCAAUUGCAAGCAGUGUCACUGGCAGGUGAUAACGGUCCUAACAGUGUUACCAUUGCUGGCGCCAAAGAACAGGUCGACUUGCUUCUUGAGCACCUGGGCGUUUCUGCCAAUUCAAAACGCUUACACGUGUCCCAUGCCUUCCAUUCUCCACUCAUGGCUGGUGCCGUUUCUGAGAUGGAGGCUCUCGCAUCCCAAGUAAAUUUGCAGCCAGCAUCCAUCACAAUAGCCUCCACAGUGCGUGGAAGAACGCUGGAUUCGUCAGAGGCUCAAAAUCCGCGUUACUGGAGCGAGCAAUUGACACUCCCUGUAAGAUUUAGAGAAGCUGUGGAGGCAGCAGUGGAAGCGUCUAAGUCAGACCGAAUCGUGUUUGUGGAGAUUGGACCUCAGAGGACUCUGGUGAACCUAGCGAAGCAAGUAGUGGCGAGGUUGGCGUCUGUUGAUGCUCGGUAUUUUGAACUAUCAGGACGUGAUCGCCAAGGAGAAUCUUUGCAGGAGCUGGAGUUGCAUGUUAAGGAAAUUGUCGCUGCUAUUCUUGCGGAUCGUCCCUUGCGCUGGAAUCAUAAAAAAUUCCCCUUUCCUUUUGAAACAAAAACCCGCUCUCCGAAAUACUACAAACCUGCUGCUCCAUCCCAGAAAGACUUUCAGAUACAUCACGGCCCAUUCUGGAAAACUGUGUGGAAGAAUGUGCCUUUACCUGAGGCACAACGCUUCUCUCUGCCGGAACAAGCAGAGAAAUGGCUAUUCUGCGGAGUCCCUGGGGAAUACGUUUGUGACUUUCGCAACGUUCUCAGCUUAUCGGGUAUCAAGAAUGCCCAAAUCCUUGAGGCUAAUGGCAUUCCCCGCGUCUCCACACUACCUCGCUUGCCGUCUGGAAAUGAGAUAGAAGGAGUGGUAUUUGUAGGAGGUUUGUGGAGCUCUCAAUCAAGCACAGUGUGCAUAGAAGAGCUCCGGCAGAUUCUUCUUGCCUACCACAGGACGGCAGAGAAAGAAGUAAGCUUUCAUCCUCCUCUCUGUGUUGUUGUACGAUGUAGCAACAGCGCUUUUGGAGUCCCCAGCCUGCGUCAUUCUAGGGAGAGUGAAGAGGAUUGUGAAAUUAGGCAUUCUGGCCUCUUGGGUAUGUGCCGCACUGCUCGCCUUGAGAUUCAAAGGCUGUGCAAAAGGUCAGUGACGGUUGUGUACGCAAAUGUGGAGGAUGAAGGGCCCCAAAGCUUCAGUAAGGCAUUAAGUUGGAUCAAUACACAAUUUGGUCUCGUAUAUGAAGGUUUACCAAUACUCGAGGAGGAUAUUAUUAUCACACCAAGCUCCUUCUUGGCGCCACGCCUGCAGCCAAUGCCAAUUCCCGAGUUCCGAGGGACAGCACUGGUCAGCUUAGCUAAAUCCUAUCUUAUUACAGGAGGAACAGGAGGACUUGGCCUUGCUGUUGCUCAAUGGCUGCUGAAUCAAGGAGCAGGAUUAGUAGUGCUGCUUUCACGAAGUGGGAAACCAAAUGAAGCACUGCGACAGACGACAGCGUGGAAGGCGGUUGAGGACGGAAUCUGUGAGAAGAAAGCUGAAAUCAUGGUCUGUGAUGUGGUGAACAGAAGUCACGUCAGAGAUACGCUAUACAGAGUCCACCGAAAACGCCCUCUUGGAGGUAUAUUUCACUGCGCUGGAUUUGAAGGGGAUGCUAGUAUUCUCCACUCUAAUAUUCAGAGAAUUCAGCUCGUGUACGACCCCAAAGCAAACGGAGCAUGGAAUUUGCACGUUGCUUGCCAGCAGCUGCAAUUAGAAAAUGGUCUUGAUUUCUUUGUGCUGUUUUCUUCUAUAUCAACUCUACCUGGAAAUGACGCACUUGCACCGUAUGCCGCUGCUAACACGUACUUAGACUCUUUGGCGUACUUCCGGGCGUCUCAAGGUCUCCAUGCGAAGAGCAUUCAGUGGGGACCUUGGGCCGAUGUGGGUAUGGUCACACGGAAUAAUAAGUUUGAGCGGAUAUUUAACUCCCGUGGGAUCAAGCCAUUUGUCUCGGGAGAAGCCAUACAAAUUAUGGAGCAAGCACUUCAAAAUGAAGAACCCUGUAUUUGUGCCUUGGUCGUAGAUUGGAGAAUGUAUUCCCGCGCUUUUGAUGAUAGGAUUCCACGGACUCUGGAAGACUUAGUGAGGGACGAACAGACCCCUACACAGCACUCGCAGGAAAAAAAAAUAACGAGGGAAUUUAUUGAAUCGGUUGUGCUCGAUGCUGCCACAUCACUGGUUAAUCAGGAAAGCUCUAUCACCCCAGAAACACACCUAGAGAGCCUUGGUCUUGACUCGUUAGGCUCCGUUGAACUACGUAACAUGAUUCAAGAACGACUUGCAAUAAGCUUGCCUGCUUCUUUGCUGCUCGAGUUUGCAUCGCUUUGUGAAGUCAUUGACUAUAUAGCCGAGGAUAUGACUAAACGGUCAUCUGCAGGUUUCACAAGUAGUGCAAAGGCUCCUGUGCCCCAACUUUCAGUAAAUUCCGACGAAGGGUUCGCUGUCAUUGGGAUGGGAUGCCGACUUCCAGGAAACAGCGAUUCGCCCGAGGCAUUUUGGAACAUGCUACUAGCUGGUUCUGAUUGUAUUAAGAAUAUUCCGUGGCAGCGAUUUAACAUUCAGCCUCUCUUCGAUCCUGAUCCUGAUGAGAACAAGUGCUACGUCAAGGAAGCAGCCUUACUUGAUAAUGCACAUCUGUUUGACAACCAGUUUUUCCGAAUGAGUGAAAAUCAAGCUCGCAAUAUUGACCCGCAACAGCGUGUACUACUCGAAGUAGCGUACGAAACAUUUGUUGACGCACAGUAUGGCCGAGAAGAGCUGAAGGGACAGGACAUCGGGGUAUUUUGUGCUACAUACACCAAUGAGUAUCAGCUUACCAGCCUUACCAAAGGAGAGUCGGGCAUCCUUGCUAUCGGCGAAGGAGCAGACGGCGGUGUACCACGUUUGGGAGAAGCUUCUGGAUACCCUGAACCUGGAGGCAUGAUGUGUUUGAUCCCCAAUCGGAUAUCCUACGCGCUAGGCCUUAUCGGGGCGAGUGUCGGAGUGGAUACUGCAUGUGCAUCCGGCCUGGUAGCAAUGGACACAGCCGUAAUGAAGCUAAAGCUCUGUGCUUGUUCAAAAGCGUUUGUUGGAGCAGUGAGUCUCAUCCUAGCACCUUGUUUCUUCCUAGGGGGCAGCAAGACGCGCCAGUUCUCGAAAUCAGGCAGGUGUCGCACUUUCGAUGCUGGAGCAGAUGGCCUUGUGAGAGGUGAAGGGGCUGCAGGAGUGCUACUCGCGCCGUUGCGUACUGCACGAGCAGAAUCUAAAUUUGUGCACGCUAUUGUGCGCGGCAUAGCAACUUCCCACUAUGGACAGGGUGCACGCCUAACGGCACCAAAUACUAGAGCCCUUGUCAGGGUUCUUAAUCUAGCACUGGAAGAUGGUAAGGUGAAUCAAUCAUUGGUGAGGUGCUACGAGGCCCAUGGCACAGCCACAGUUCUUGGGGAUAUUAUUGAAAUGAACGCAGUAAAACAUGUAUUCGAGAAUCGGUCUGCUGAGGCUCCACUUAUUGUGGGUACUGCCCACAACAACAUUGGCCAUCUGGAUUCUGCCGCAGCCCUCGUUGCAUUUGUUAAGACGGUCCUGUCCCUGAAACACAGGUAUGUGCCGUCAAACAUCCAAUUCAACAAGUUGCACCCAAAUAUCAGUCCAUUUGACAAAACCAAGAUAAUUUACACACGAGAAGGGCAAGAUAUCCAUACAGCAGAUAAAGCUCGGCUUUUCGGUGCAAACCUUGCGUAUGGACUUGGGGGCACAGUAGUAGCUGCAAUCACUGAAGAAGGCGACAAUCCAUCACUUGCACCCACGAUUACACGGCACACGUGGAAUCACAAUUCUUUCCCGCUGGACGCACAGAAGUUUGUAUUCUUAUUGGGAGCUGCGUCACAGUUGGCGCAAGACCGCAAGCAAACGCCGACAGACGAUGUUGCCUACUUGACUGAAUAUAUCUUCAAGAACUCCCUAAGCAAACAGAGUUUGGCAGCACUGGAUCCAUGCACACCUCCGGAUUCACUUUCAGAGAUCUUUCUAACCGGUGCCACUGGCCUCACUGGUAGCCAGAUCUUGUGCAGUCUGCUGGAACAGAGGACUUGCAACAGAACACAAAAAGAAAACGGAUUCCUCCGCAUUUACUGCCUUGUUCAGGCUCGAGACCGUAUGCAUGCUAUGUACAGAAUCGUAGAUGCUGUUGUGGGAAGAGGCCAACGCUGGAAACCGCGAUACUUCAAGCAAAUCAUACCAGUGGUUGGAGACUUGAAGGCCCCAAGACUAGGUUUGUCUCCGCAAAACUUCGCAACUCUGGCACGCACAAUUGAUGCUGUGUAUCAUGCCGGAAGAGACGUUGAUUUCGGACUGCCGUACGAAGCAAUUCGAAAGGCCAACGUCCUUUCACUUCUACCACUCGUCGAGUUGUGCACGAAAGGAAAGGCUAAACCCCUUCACGUGCUGUCAGACUUCGCAGCCCAUAUUCAGUACUUUGCAGCGUUUGGGGACGACUUGAAUCGGCCACUACCAGAGGAAUUGUCUGUUCCACGAGAGCUUAUAGAUAGGAUGGAGAACCAAAUGCCGGCAAGUGUCGUUGGAUAUCCAUGGGCACGUUGGGCGGUUGAAGAAGUACUUGCAAAUUGUCAGCGUUGGGUGAAAGAAUUGGCUGCAUCAGCUGAUGCCGCCUCCUGCAACCUCGAGAGUAAGUUUACUUUUACAAUAUACAGGUUGCCCAAUUCAGCAGUGUACUUCAACACUGGUCGAGUCGAUUUCCGAAACUCAUUCUUUGCCAUUACAAUGGCUGCGCUACAGCAAGGUGUCCUGCCUCCCGGCGUUUUACCAGUGGGUCCUCCUUUUCUGUCAACCCCUAUAGAUGUAUCAGCAGACAUCUUAGUUACUAUUUCAAGGAUGGCUACCCGUCCAAGUGUCAUCCACAUUGUGAACCCCACUGGGGUUCGACGGCAAGCAAUAAAGCAAACUUUGCUGGAACUAGAGAUCCCCUUCCGAGAGUCCACCGUGGAUGAAUUCCUUCGAGGACUUGAGAAAAAUCAGAACAGCUCAUGUGCUUACCAUGUCCUACCCUUAAUGCGCUAUUGGAGAUCCUACUGGUUCUCUGACGAUCUAGACAGGAAAGAACCGUUUCCAAUCGAAACACGGAAUCUACAAUCCUGUCUUCCAGAUGCGUUGAACCUAUUUCCCUCUCCUGGCGAAGUUUGGACAAGAAUGCUAGCCUAUCUCCUGGGAAAUUAUCACCUCGUCCGGGAUCCGUUCGACACGAUCUUGCCACGUGGAUUACUCGAGCGAAUUGGGAAGAGUCUUGUUGCAAAUGCACCAACAAACUUAUCAACCGACACGCAGCAGAUGCUAAAGACGGCACUGCUCAGCAAGACCAAUGAGGAGCUCGAGCAUGCACUUGAAUGGAAUAGCGAGCAGUUUUUAGCCCACCCGCUUUACAAAUUCCUCCCGGCGCCUCAGUGA